AUGAAGAAAUGGUUUUGGGAGACUCGGAAGGUGAUAGGCGUGGACGAUUUUGGAACUGGUCAAAGCGCAAUUGCAACAACAGGUGUGGCGUUCUGUAUUGCAAUUGGUCUGUUUUAUCUUACAAAAAAUGAAACAAAAAUAUAUUUAAAACAUAUUUCAUCUGUUUAUCUACCCGCUCCACCUAAUAUUACCAAAAAAACCAGAAAAACGAUAGAGGACAUCAUCAGUGAAAUAAUUAACACGGAAACCAGCGUAAUAUUCGAACAUGUUGUAUUUGCUGGUGGUCUCAAUUCGAAUGAUAACAAGGCCAUUGAAGCCAGAUUGCUCUCGAUGAUGGGCAAUUUAACAAUUAAACUUACGCGAAAUGGUGUAACAUCGAUCAUGUUACGUGAUUUUCUUGAUGCAAUCAAAUUUAUUGAAGUGAAUAUGAAUAUUUGGCCUUCCCUCUAUCUGAGUGGCGUCGAACGUUGUGUUAGUGGAGUAUCGUUAUUGUGUUGCAAACAAUAUGAAGAAGAUAGAAUUUAUAUCGCUCAUUACGCAGUUUAUAAUUCAUCCGUUGUGAUUGAAGCUGAUCGCUGUGUCAUGCAAUUAUCAAAACUUGAUCCAUUUACAAGACACUAG